CAAAUCAAAUCAAUUCAAAAAGGGUCACAUGAUCUGUGACUUUUGUUCAGACUCCACGUCUACUGCGCAGUAGAAGACAAAACGAGGACACAGCAGAGUCUCCAUGACCCAGCUGUCCCAGCUCUAGACGUGAACAUCUGAACUUCAGUAAUGAAUCUGGAUCCUCAGACACAAACAGAUGUUGGUCUGCAGGAGGUUCUAGAUAAACAUAAGAUCAGUCUGAGGAGGAGAUUUGAACAUGUGACUGAAGAAACUGAUGGAACAGGAAAUAGAACCCUUCUGAACAAGAUCUUCCCUGAGCUCUACAUCACAGAGGGACAGAGUGAAGAGGUCAAUACUCAACAUGAGGUGAUGCAGCUGGAGACAACCUCCAAGAAGAAGAUAGUCCAGGACACUCCCAUCAAGUGCUGUGACAUCUUUAAAGCCUUACCUGACCAGCAGGGACGCAUCAGAGUCGUCCUGACCAACGGUGUCGCUGGUGUUGGAAAAAACUUCUCGGUGCAGAAGUUCACUCUGGACUGGGCUGAGGGUUUGGAAAACCAGAAUGUGAAUCUGCUGAUUCUGCUUUCGUUCAGGGAGCUGAACCUGAUCAGACAUCAGCAGCACAGUCUUCUCACACUGCUCCAUGUUUUCUAUCCAACAUUACAGAAGGUCAGCACAGAGAAGCUCGCUGUCUGUAAACUUUUGUUCAUCUUUGACCGCCUGGAUGAAAGCAGACUCUCACUGGACUUCAACAGCCGGACCCUUGUUUCUGAUGUCACACACAGGUCAUCAGUCAACGUGCUGCUGACCAACCUCAUCCAGGGGAAUCUGCUGCCCUCGGCUCUCAUCUGGAUAACUUCCCGACCUGCAGCAGCCAAUCAGAUCCCUCUUACAUGUAUUGACAGGGUAACGGAAGUACGGGGCUUCACCGACGACCAAAAGGACGAGUACUUCAGGAAGAGAUCCAGAGAUGAAGAGCUGUACAGCAGAAUCAUCUCACACAUCAAGACGUCCAGGAGUCUCCACAUCAUGUGUCAAAUCCCAGUCUUCUGCUGGAUCAGUGCUACAGUUCUGGAGCACAUGUUUACCACAGAGCACAGAGAAGAGCUGCCCAAGACCCUGACAGACCUGUACUCACACUUCCUGCUGGUUCAGACAAAGAAGAAGAAGAACAAGUACGAUAAAGGAAGUGAGACAAGUCCACAGGAGCUGAUGGAGGCUGACAGGGACAUUCUUCUGAAGCUGGGGAGGCUGGCCUUUGAACAUCUACACAAAGGAUACAUCAUGCUCUACCAAGAAGACCUGGAGCGGUGUGGUCUUGAUGUGACAGAGGCCUUGGUGUACUCAGGAGUUUGUACAGAGAUCUUCAGAAGAGAGAGUGUGAUCUUCCAGAAAACAGUCUACUGCUUUGUUCAUGUGAGCGUUCAGGAGUUUCUGGCUGCAGUCUACAUGUUCCACUGUUUCACCAACAGGAAGACAAAGGUCCUGAAGAACUUCCUGGGAGAACAAUACUCCGCCCAGAGCCAAACACCUCAUUUUCACUUAUCUCUGGAUGUGUUCCUGAAAGGAGCCAUGGAGAAAUCCCUUCAAAGUGAAAAUGGUCAUCUGGACCUGUUUGUUCGCUUUCUCCAUGGACUCUGUCUGGGGGCCAACCAGAGACUCUUAGGGGGCCUGCUGGGUCAGACUAAGAACAGUCCAGAAAUCAUCCAAAUAGUUAUCAAGAACCUAAAAACAAUGAACACAGACAACAUCUCACCUGACAGAAGCAUCAACAUCUUCCACUGUCUGACAGAGAUGGACGACCAAUCAGUGCACCAGGAGAUCCAAGAGUUCAUGAAGUCAAAAGACAGAAGACAGAAACUCUCUGAGAUCCAAUGCUCAGCUCUGGCCUACAUGCUGCAGAUGUCUGAGGAGGUUGUGGAAGAGUUUCAGCUGAGAAUGUACAGAACAUCAGCCCAGGGAAAACACAGACUGAUUCCAGCUGUGAGGAACUGCAGGAAGGCUGAGUUGACGAGAUGCAGUUUGUCAGAGAUCAGCUGUUCUUCUUUGGCCUCAGCUCUGAAGUCCAACCCCUCCCACCUGAGAGAGCUGAACCUGAACUGCAACAAGACGCUGCAGGAUUCAGGAGUGAAGCUGCUGUGUUCUGGACUGGAGAGUCCACACUGUAGACUGGAGACUCUGGAGUUGGGUGACUGCAGUUUGUCAGAGAUCAGCUGUUCUUCUUUGGCCUCAACUCUGAAGUCCAACCCCUCCCACCUGAGAGAACUGGACCUGAGCAACAACAAGCUGCAGGAUUCAGGGGUGAAGCUGCUGUGUUCUGGACUGGAGAGUCCACACUGUAGACUGGAGAGUCUGGGGUUGAUGAGCUGCAGUUUGUCAGAGAUCAGCUGUUCUUCUCUGGCCUCAGCUCUGAGGUCCAACCCCUCCCACCUGAGAGAACUGGACCUGAACUUCAACAAGCUGCAGGAUUCGGGGGUGAAGCUGCUUUGUUCUGGACUGGAGAGUCCACACUGUAGACUGGAGAUUCUGUGGUUGAUGGACUGCAGUUUGUCAGAGAUCAGCUGUUCUUCUCUGGCCUCAGCUCUGAAGUCCAACCCCUCUCACCUGAGAAAACUGAAUCUGAAAUACAACAAACUGCAGGACUCAGGAGUGAAGCUGUUGUGUCCUGGACUGGAGAGUCCACACUGUAGACUGGAGAGUCUGGGGUUGAGGGGCUGCAGUUUAUCAGACAUCAGCUGUUCUUCUCUGGCCUCAGCUCUGAAGUCCAACCCCUCCCACCUGAGAGAACUGGACCUGAAUGGGAACGAGCUGCAGGAUCCAGGAACGAAGCUACUGUCUGAUCUUGUGAUGAGUCCAGACCACAGACUGGACACUCUGAGGUGGAUACCAUGAACUUGAUGAAUGUGAGAGUGAAGAGGACAGUGUGUGUGUCGACAGAAGAUUCGUCACGAGGCCUGCACUGCGAUGCCGCUUCAACUGAUCUGUGACGAAACUCAUCUGAAGGACACACCUAACAAAAACACAAAUGAUGACGUUUGUUGUGCAUGAACUCUGGAGAAAAGUUUGUGGCCACAUGUUAACAGCUUCUUCUUCCGUAGCAUAGCAGAAGUGAGAUCUGCGGCUGAGAAGAACAGCCAAAGAUGUGCGCUGUAACAGCCACAAUUUCUGCAAUGCAUUUUGCCUUGUCCAUCUUCAUUCUGCUGCAUAUAAAGUAGCCAUGUAUCUCCUCAGCUGAUUGGCUAAAAAAAACAACAAAAGCCCUUGGAAUUGGUUUAAGACCCCCAAUACUGUGAUUUGAAGCAUGAGUGACUUUUUUAAUACUCUCGUAUUUUUACUCGACUUCCUGCUGGUUUUCUUGUGGCUGGGCACAUAGCUGAACACACUGGACAUACAGUUUUCUCUUGGCUUCUGGUUUUGUGGCACAGCAGGUGAGAAUCAGAGCAAGGCUGUUGUGGAGGAGUGUCCUAAAGAGGGAAUAAAUACACACACACACACACACACUGGACAUAGACUGACACUGUGGAGUUGAAGGCUGUUGUGGAGGAGUGUCCGUUAUUUCAGGGUUAAACUCUGCCAGAGAUUUUCCAGCACCAACAUGGGAACUUCUUCCCACACGGCUGGAAGCAACUUCUUAUCAUUUAUUUGUCCCCGGUGUAAAAAGACCUUUUUCACAACAGAUAUACAGGUUUUUAUGAAUAACACUUUAACCCAUAGAAGCCUCAUUUUCUGGAAUAAUUAUACUGUUUGGUCAUUAUAGUAUUGCUAAAACAACAAAUCUAAUGGUGGCCUUAGACUUUUUGCACAGUACUCACAGUAUCAUGCUUUGCCCCCCAGUCACAGGAUUUAACGUUUUUGUUCUGCAGUUCUGCACCGAUUCACUUACAUUUAGUCGUGGGGACAUGGGAGAGACAGUUAUGAUUAAGAUUCCUGCAGCAGAUGAAUUCAAAUAAAUGUAACAAUAAAUAAUUGUACUGCUGCUACUACUACAGCAAUAUGUGAAGUAUUGUGAUGUUGCAGUGUAAUUAAACAGAGACAGUGAAUGAAAACA